AUUCCUUCUGGAAGCUUGGGCAGGGAGGAUGAUACAGUCAGAUAAAGGAGCAGGUCUGCCAGACAAGAAGGACAAGACACUUUCCACAGCCACCAAUCCAAAGAAUGGUCUCUCCCAAAUCCUGAGGCUUGUGCUACAAGAGCUGAAUCUGUUCUACAGCCGGGACGUGAACGGAGUGCGUCUCCUGUACGACCUCCUCAACUCCCCGUGGCUGCAGGCUCUGCUAAAGGUCUACGACUGCCUCCAGGAAUUUAAGGAACAGAAGCUCGUGCCUGCCACACCUCAUGCACAGGCAUUAUCCUGUGAGGUAGUGGAGAUAUUACGUGAAACUCCUAAUUCCCCUGACAUCCAAGAGCUGAGACACAUCCUCCAGGCUCCACACUUUAAGGCCUUGCUCAGUGCCCAUGACACGGUGGCUCAGAAAGAUUUUGAACCCCUUCUCCCCCCACUGCCAGACAACAUCCCUGAGAGCGAGGAAGCAAUGAGGAUUGUCUGUUUGGUGAAAAACCAACAGCCCCUGGGAGCCACAAUCAAGCGCCACGAGAUGACAGGGGACAUCCUGGUGGCCAGGGUCAUCCACGGCGGGCUGGUCGAGAGGAGUGGGUUGUUAUACGCUGGAGACAAACUGGUAGAAGUGAAUGGAGUCUCAGUCGAGGGAUUGGACCCUGAGCAAGUGAUCCACAUUCUGGCCAUGUCCCGUGGCACAAUCAUGUUCAAGGUGGUUCCGGUUUCUGAGCCUCCUGUUAAUUGCCAGAAGAUGAUGUAUGUUCGUGCCAUGACUGAGUACUGGCCCCAGGAGGACCCCGCCAUCCCCUGCAUGGACGCCGGGUUGCCUUUCCAGAAGGGGGACAUCCUCCAGAUUGUGGACCAGAAUGAUGCCCUCUGGUGGCAAGCCCGGAAAAUCUCAGACCUUGGUACCUGUGCUGGCUUAAUCCCAUCUAACCAGCUUCUGAAGAGGAAGCAACGGGAGUUCUGGUGGUCUCAGCCAUACCAGCCUCACACCCAAGUCAAAUCAAGCAUAUCGAUUUCCAUGGAAGAAGAAGACGACAUGAAGAUUGACGAGAAGUGUGUGGAAGCAGAUGAAGAAACAUUUGAAUCUGAGGAACUUUCAGAAGACAGGGAGGAAUUCGUUGGCUAUGGGCAGAAGUUCUUUAUCGCUGGUUUCCGCCGCAGCAUGCGCCUCUGUCGCAGGAAGUCGCACCUCGGCCGGCUGCGCGCCAGGGGGUGCUGUGCCAGCGGCCGCUGCGGGGCGGGGGGCGCCCCGUACGAGGAGGUGGUGAGGUACCAGCGCCGCCCGUCGGACAAGCACCGCCUCGUAGUGCUCGUGGGACCUUCUGGUGUUGGAGUAAAUGAACUGAGAAGACAGCUUAUUGAACUUAAUCCUAACCAUUUCCAAAGUGCUGUGCCACAUACUACUCGUUCCCAAAAGAGUUAUGAAAUGAAUGGACGCGAGUACCACUAUGUGUCAAAGGAAGCAUUUGAAAGCCUCGUGUAUAGCCACAGGAUGCUUGAGUAUGGCGAGUACAAAGGCCACCUGUAUGGCACCAGCGUGGAUGCUGUUCAAGCAGUUCUUGAUGAAGGAAAGAUCUGUGUAUUGGACUUAGAGCCUCAGGGUAUUCAAGUGGCUCGAACCCAUGAACUGAAGCCCUAUGUCAUAUUCAUAAAGCCGUCUAACAUGAGUUGUAUGAAGCAAUCUCGGAAAAAUGCCAAGAUCAUUACAGACUACUUUGUGGACAUGAAGUUCAAGGAUGAAGAUCUACAAGAGAUGGAGGAUUUAGCCCAAAAAAUGGAGACUCAGUUUGGCCAGUUUUUUGAUCACGUGAUUGUGAAUGACCACUUGCAAGAUGCAUGUGCCCAGCUGCUGUCUGCAGUUCAGAAGGCUCAGGAGGAGCCGCAGUGGGUACCAGCAACGUGGGUUUCCUCUGAUACUGAGCCUUAAGGAGGCCUUCCGCUUCAUGCUGGAGUUUUAACAACGUUCACCUGUUACAGAGCUCUGGCCUAACAGCUGCAACCUAAAACAGCAGCAUUUGCCCUGUUACAACGUGUGCAACUUAAAAGUGCUGCAGUUUAUUAAUUAAUCUU